AUGCCCAAACGCAAGCUCGACGAGGUCAGCGGCCCCGCGCGGUCGAGCGACACCCGCAAAAUGUCCAUCCACGGCACUCGGCUGACGCAGAUGUUCGAGAACGGCGUGCUGAUGAUAUCGCGCGGCCUGAGGACAUCGCGCGGCUUUGAGCGACAGAAGCUCAGUCGCCGAGAGAAGACCGCGAAAGCGCAGAAGGACGAUAAGGCGUUGGCGCGACUAAAGGAAGAAAUCGAGACUUUGAAGAGUCUCGAUUACCAAGUCACAUCUGAGCGAUACUUAUACAAGCAAUUGAUCAAGACGAAGCGGAUUGCAGAGACGAAGACGUUCGGGGAGUUUCAGGCAGUCAAGAAAGUGUCUCAGGAAGGCCCGAAGAGCACUGCCGAAGCCAAUAUUCUAGCGCGACUAUUCAAAUCCACACCUGUGCAGAAAGAAAUCCCAGGCAUCAUGGCUGGUAUUCGGAAACUACUGAGGAUCGACGACGCGCCUGGGAAAGGCAAAGAAGACAAGAAGAAGGAUGCGGCACCGAAGACACGGAAAGAAAAGAGCGGAUCGGAGUCUGAAUCAGAGGAACGGACGACGAAAUCUAGGCGCGGCGAGCAGGUCUCCCGCCCCGAGAUUGAUAUGGAUAUCUCUGGCUCAGACGAAUCCGGAGACGAAGAUCUCUCACAGUUCGACUCACGACUUGCGCCUGAUUCCGACGCUGACUCGGAAUCUGACGAGGAGGAUCUCGCCGCAGACGACAUCUCCGACUCUAUCUCCCGCUCUCCCUCCCCCUCCUUCUCUGCUGAAGAUUCUCCACCGCCCAAGAAAGCAAAGGGAGUCAAGGGCUCUUCCGCACCGGUGCAAAGUACUACAUUCUUGCCGUCUCUCAUGCACGGUGGUUACUGGUCUGGCUCGGAAGAAGCUACUGAUGAGGAAGAUGCUGGUGCCAAGCCUGUUCGGAAGAACCGCAUGGGUCAACAAGCACGUCGGGCUUUGUGGGAGAAGAAGUUCGGAGCCAGUGCAAACCACGUUAAGCAGGAACAGAUAGCUGCGAAGUAUGGUGGUAGAGAUAAUGGGUGGGACACGAAGCGCGGUGCAGUUGAGGGUUCGAGAGGAGGAAGAGGUGGCAGACGUGGUGGUUUCGGGGGUGGAUUUGGGCGUCCUCAGAACAGGGAUGGUCCUGCUGGUGCUCACACUGGUGGUAAGCCUAAAGGUCCACCCAAGGAUGAAGGCCCGCUGCAUCCCUCUUGGGAGGCCAAGCGGAAAGCCAAGGAGCAGACUGCAGCAACUUUCUCUGGAACGAAAGUUACUUUCGAUUAG